AUGGUAGAUUUCAGAAAAUCAGCAUCAGCUAAGCCUAAAAAUACUGGCGGCCCUACGACUGUGAUCGCCGUGACCAGCGGCCGGAAAAGCCAAUACGCCGUCCAGUGGGCCGUAGAACAUAUUCUGAAGAAGAAUUCCUCUUGCAUUCUCAUUCACGUUCAGACCAAUCGUUUGUACCACCAGAAUGGUGUUGGCCCUAGUCAUUGUCGUCCACCAACUGAAGAAGAAUGGCAACGGAUUUUUCUCCCUUUCAGAGGGCUUUGUGCUCGAAAAGGGAUUGUAGUGACAGAGUUGGUGUUACAAGGCGCUAAUGUUACAAGUGCACUUACUCAAUACGUAAAUGAAUACUAUAUUAGUAGCGUCAUUGUUGGUGCUUCCCAAUGGAAUUCUUUUAUAAGGAAAUUUAAAAAUACGGAUGUGGCAGCUAGCUUAGCCAAGUCUUUGCCAGAUUUUUGCUCAAUAUAUGUUAUAUCGAAAGGAAAAGUCCAAACUAUCCAUCCAGCAGGUCCCGCUCAAAAUGGUAAAUUCACAAAAGCAGCAACACUAAAAGGGGUAGCAACGCCAGAUUAUUUUUUAAACAAUUCACCUCAACAUAUAAACAGCUUGGUCAAAGAUGCUACAUUAUCAAUAACACCAAGUAAUUUUUCACCAAUGGAACAAAGUCCAACAAUAUCCUUUGGAGGCUCUUCACCACAAACCGACAGUGAUCUUGAAUUCGCAAAGUCACAAAUCACUUCAUCAAAAUCCAAAAAAAAAAUGGAGGAAGAAUUAAUGAAAUUAAAACUUGAACUAAAGAAAACAAAUGAGCAAUAUGGAUUUUUCUGCAAAGAAGUCGACUCUGCGCAUAAGGGAGUGGAAGAGUAUGAAAAGGCUAAGCUUUCAAGGCAGAGAACAGUGCAUGCUAUGGAAAACGAAGAAAAUCAAGGAGCUUCAAGCUCUGCCUACAUUUAUAAAAACAUCGUUCCAUACAGAAGAUACAACAUUAAAGAAAUAGAAAUUGCAACUAAUUACUUUGAUAUUGAUCUCAAAAUUGGAGAAGGUGGUUAUGGACCAGUUUUUAAAGGAGUAAUUGACAACACUGAUGUUGCCAUCAAGGCUGUGAGGCCAGAUAUAAGCCAUGGGGAAAGACAAUUUAACCAAGAGGUUCAAGUUUUGAGCACCAUAACACAUCCAAACAUGGUACUACUCAUAGGUGCAUGCCCAGAAUUCGGAUGUCUUGUGUAUGAAUACAUGGACUAUGGAAGUCUGGAAGAUCGUUUAUUCAGAAAAGGAAACACUCCUCCAAUUCCAUGGAAAAUCCGUUUCAAAAUAGCAUCGGAAAUCGCCACCGCCCUUCUCUACCUUCACCAACUAAAACCAGAGCCACUAGUCCACCGUGACCUCAAGCCAGCAAAUAUCCUCUUAGACAGAAACUAUUUAAGUAAGAUCGGCGACGUCGGUCUUGCCAGGCUCGUUCCGCCUUCGGUCGCUGACAAAACUACCCAGUACCGCCUGACGAAAGCCGCCGGCACGUUCUGUUAUAUCGACCCGGAGUAUCAACAAACAGGGUUGUUGGGUGUGAAAUCGGACAUAUAUUCAUUUGGUGUGAUGCUGCUUCAGAUUAUAACUGCAAAGCCUCCAAUGGGGUUGGCUCAUUUGGUUCAGAGUGCUAUUGAUGCUGGUAGCUUUGAACAAGUUCUUGAUCCUAGUUUGAAUGAUUGGCCUGUUGAAGAUGCUUUGUCUUGUGCUAAGUUGGCAUUGAAGUGUUGUGAGAUGAGAAAACGAGAUAGACCCAGUCUUGCUACUGUGAUUUUACCCGAGUUGAAUAGGCUCAGAGAUUUGAGAUAG